AUGUACCUUAGAAUUGGGAAAAACAGUACCUGUGCUACAUAGCUACGUGGAUUUGAGACCCCAGUAAGGAUGCAAUUGUGCUGUGAAUCCGUAAAUGGCUCUUGCAUAAGGAGCAGCUGGUCAAACAGCGUCCGUAUUUCCAUGUACAUCUUCAUGGUUUGCAUUAUUCUGGCUACAGUGGUUGGAAAUCUGACCGUUAUCAUCUCAAUAUCACAUUUCAAGCAGCUCCACACGCCUACAAAUUUCCUGAUAAUUUCAAUGGCUACGGUAGACUUCCUGCUGGGAUUCUUCAUCAUGCCUUGCAGCAUGGUGCGCUCUGUUGAGCGCUGCUGGUAUUUUGGGGAGUUCUUCUGCAAGAUCCACUCGAGCAUGGACAUCAUGCUGAGCACAGCUUCUAUCUUCCAUCUUUCCUUCAUAUCCAUCGAUCGUUACUAUUCUGUGUGUGACCCUUUAAGAUACAAAUCAAAGAUAAAUACUUUUGUCAUCGUGGUCAUGGUGUGUAUAAGCUGGAUGGUCCCUGCUGCUUUUGGUUUUGGGAUGAUCUUUCUAGACCUAAAUAUGAGAGGGGCAGAAAAGAUUUAUAAUCAUGUCCACUGUGCAGGAGGAUGCUUUCUCCUUUUUAGUGAAACUUCAGGUAUUGUGGCCUCCAUAGUGUCUUUUUACAUCCCUGGAUUUGUUAUGCUGUGCAUCUAUAGGAAAAUAUACUCUGUAGCCAAGAAGCAGGCAAGAUCCAUCAAUGCAAUUAGCAGAAAAAAAAUGCAAUUUGAAAUGAAGCAUCGCAUUUCAUUCUGCAGAGAAAGGAAAGCUGCUAAGACUUUAGGCAUCAUAAUGGGAGUGUUUCUCAUCUGCUGGUCUCCAUUCUUCUUCUUUACAGCUACCAAUCCAUUUAUGAAUUACGUGAUUUCUCCUGUUCUCAUUGAUGCUUUGGUUUGGUUUGGCUAUUUAAAUUCUACACUUAACCCAAUUGUUUAUGCUUUUUUUUACAUGUGGUUUCGCAGGGCAUUAAAGAUUAUUCUGUUAGGAAAAGUUUUUCAACAGGACUCUUCCAGGACUCAUUUGUUCUCAGACUAA